UCGACUCUGAAAGACACCGAAACAGAAGCGAACGAGGAAGUGCUGGAGAAUAAUAUUGUCAAAUCAAUUGUACAUCAUUUCGCCUCACUAAACUCAUAUUUUAAUCUGUUGCAUGUUUGGCUGUAAUGGAGACCCCUGAGCCCGGUCAGGCUGACGGAGAGGAGAGGAUGGUGGAGCUGAGACCCAGGACCCGGUCUAAUCCGGAGGGAGCGGAGGACCGGCGGAGCAGCACCGGGAGCCUGAACAGCGGCCUGGCGUCUCCGCCGCAGCCGGCCGUGGGCAGCCGCGUGGAGGGAGAGGGAGAGGCGGCCAGCUCCGACAGCCCUCCGGCCGCCUCCGCCGUCGCAGCAGCUGCUGCUACUGCAUCUCCACCGGUCUCUGCGGCGGCGAAGGAAAGACCCAAACCCCCUCAGACGGCCAUCAGCGCCCAGAUCCCGCCCUCGGCCGAGCUGCACCUGCGGGCGCCACGAGUCAACUGCCCCGAGAAAGUGAUCAUCUGUUUGGACCUUUCUGAGGAGAUGUCUCUACAGAAACUGGAGUCGUUUAAUGGAUCCAAGACGAACGCCUUGAAUAUCUCACAGAAAAUGAUCGAGAUGUUUGUGAGGACGAAGCACAAGAUUGACAAAAGGCAUGAGUUUGCUCUGGUGGUGGUGAACGAUGACGCCAUGUGGUUAUCAGGAUUCACGUCUGACCCGCGAGAGCUCUGCAGCUGUCUCUACGACCUGGAGACCAACGUCUGCGAGUCCUUCAAUCUGGAAGACCUCCUCAAUGUCAUUUUGCAGAAGAUCGAACUUCCUCAGAUGGAGAACAUUCAGACCAUCCCGCCUCCUUUUGUAGUCCGAACUCUCCUGAUCUUCAGCCGACAUGCUGGCAUGCUUCAGUUCAACCCCUCUGAUGCUGCCAAAAAAAUGCUGCAGUCUCCCUAUUUCUUCUUUGAUGUUGUUUAUCUUCAUAACGGCACCGAAGAACAGACAGAAGACGCUAGCUGGAAGGACGUGUACGCCUCCUUCACUGAGCUGGACUCGAAGGGCAUGUGUUACCGCUUCGAGGUGUCGCUGUGCGGUCCUGCUGUUGAGCUGCACAACUGCAUGGCCAAACUCCUGUGCCACCCGCUUCAGAGGCCCUUCCAGAGCCACGCGUCCUACAGUCUGCUGGAAGACGACGAGCCGCCGGAGAACGAAGCCACGGUGUGAGACCGCAAGCACAAACACAGACUGAUCCACUCCAGAGCGAAGGAGAGACUGAGUAUAUACGGCCCCGUCCGCCGUUUCUGCACUGGAAAUGCCUCUUUUAGUACUUUUGGAAACGUCAGUGUCUGAAUUUAACCGCGCUAGCUCGAGACCCCCGAUUACAGCUAACCAAUUAGUUUUGAGAAUAUCAGCUACCGGGGGAAAAAAUCCCUGGAGGUUUACAUUUAAGUGAUGGUCGUAGAGAUUUAAUGCGCUAGUGCUUUCAUCUAAACGGCGACCGAUAAAUGCUGUUUGCUGUUCCUGUCGAAUAAAUCAAAUGCAAAUGCUCCGUGGGACUCAUUUGCUACAUAUAAAUUUUAAAACGUGGCAGAGUAACUGUGCAUUUUGUUUUAGAACGUAACUAUGUUAAAUAGGCAGAGUUUAACAAAAAAAAAAGCGGGAACUAAGGCUUGAUGCUGUCCAUCAUAAUUUGACCGCACAGUAAAAAGCAAUCUGUGAUAUUGUUGGUUAAUAUAUUCCACCAGUUUUUGUGUGCUAUGCAUUAUUAUAUCUUGUACUGAAUGUAUAGUCGGCUAAUAAAAUAUUGGAGAGUGCCGGUAAA